AGUAAACAUGCAUCGAAUUUGGUUGCCGGUCCUGUGUUCUGAGAUAGUAAUUGGACAUAAAGUCGUCAUCCGCAAACCAAUUUCAUGGUUUAUUUUGAAACUCAGCCAGGGUUUCCUCCAUGGAGGGAGGGAGUGGGGAGCAGGGCUUCUCUGCAGCACCCAAGAAGGUUUUUAAACCAAAGAGUCGUCUAGUUUUGGUAAAACAAUCCGGAUAAGUGCGUGCCUCUGUCCCGCCUUGGCUUCUCCUCCUCCGAGUCGUGGGGGACCUUCUCUGCCUGGUCUGGGGGCCCCGGGGGGUUUGGGGGUUAAGUCCCCCAACCGGGGGCUUUUCCCGGGUCUCAGGUUCCCGGUCUCUGGACAAUUUCGCCCAGCAAGUGUGAAGCGAGAAAGGCUGACAGCCAAUCCAACAUCCAGAGAUGGACUGGGGGCCCCUGACCAGGACCCGCCGGAAGGGUCCUGCCUGUGUCCCGGCCGUGCGUCCGAGGAGGUAAGAGGUCGGCCCCUCCGCCUUCCCCGCGGCUCCAGACCCUGUCUAGGGACCUUCGCUGGGCCCUGCUGUCUGCACCUGGGGUCAGGUAGCGGGACACCUGGGAGAGCUCCUAAAAAGCCACUCAGGGUCAGAGCACAGCGGCCCGACUUCAAGGUCAUGGAAGCAGAAUCCUCAGUCCGGGCGCAGCGUCCAUGAAAAGCGGCCCCCAGGGUUCGGAGAGAGCGCCCGGGCCACGGCAGGCUCAUGCCGAGGGUUCUGGCUCCGCGCUGGGGCGCAGGGGGAAGAGCAGCCGGCGAGCGACAGAGCGACAACACGGCAGGAGGCGCGGGCGCCGCGUCUCUGAUGGCGCUGAACUCUCUGUGCCGCUGGAGCCGCGCGCGGUCACCGGCUUGCGCUCAACCAGGUCGCGCCCUCUCUGGGCUCCGCCGCGUGGGGAGGCCGGGGCCAGCUCCUCCUGCUCCACAGCUGCUCCAGCCGCCUGGGACAGGACCCAGGAGCGCAGCGCUCGGAAUAGGACAGGCUGGCGCCGGGAGAGUGGAGCGCGCCAGGCGGGCGGGCCUGGGGAGCCAGGGUCCCGCCCCUCCCUGCCCGUCCUGCCUCCCGGGUCGGCGCAGCCAAUGAGCGCCUAGAUCUACGCUGCAGCGACCGCGCGAUUGGACAGCCGACCACGACAGGGGCACCGCCCUUUUAUAGGGCUCUGAGGGGCGGGGCGCCGCCGAGCCGGGGCCGUCUCGCCGAGUUUCGGCAUGAACCCCGCUGGGCUCAGGACGUGCGGCGGGGACGGUGCGGGGCCCGGCCCGCUGCCCUUCAGCGUCGAGUCGUUGCUGGAAGCAGAGCGCGGGCUAGGCUCGGAGCCCACGGAACCCCGGGAGGAGAGGCCGCGGGGCGCCGCGGAACCCAGGACUUGGUUUCCGCUGGCCGCCCCCUCGUCCUCCCCACGUAAGUGCCCUGCCGCACGGUCCCAGGGUGCGAGAGGAUCCCACCAAGCCCAAGGUCGGAGGACCAGGGCGGGAAGGGCGCUGUCCCUUGUAACUUUGGAGAGUAACCAGCCACUAAGGUGCGGCCUGAGCGCAGAGAAAGAACCAGCCCCCACGAGCCCGUCCGCCCCCUCCCGCGCGCGCGAGCCCUGCAGCUGCUCCCCGUCCCACGCCGAUCAGGCUUCUGCUGUACCUUGGGGCGGAGCGCGCAACCCAAGACCCCGGGCUUCUUGUCUCAGAUUCUCUCCUGCCGAGCACCCCUUCAGCCCCGUCAGUCCCCACGCGUGGUUAACUUCCGCUUCGCCGAGUCCCGCCUCUGCGGUUACCACUCAGUUCUUGCAGCGACUUCGCGCCCAGUCUCUCAGUUCGCCAAAUGGGCAGAGGUCCCCCUCCCUGGGGCGCAGGGCCACCGAUCUGGGGAACAGAGCCCGAGGCUACCGCGACGCGCCAUCGCCCCUGUGCCUCGCUUCUCUUACCCCAGAGGCUUUGGAGGUCUCCUCUGAGGGCCGCGGUCACCCAGCCGCAACUUGCAUCCGGCACCAGCCUUUGCGGUGAUCCAGGAGUGCGGGAAAGGAGCGCGCGCUGCCGGGUCUCAGCGCCCGCUUUGUGCUCUUUACCCCCAGGCGCCCCCAGCCCCGCCCCCUGCCCCCUCCGGCCACACAAGAACCGCAAACCUCGGACGCCCUUCACCACCGCGCAGCUGCUGGCCCUGGAGCGCAAGUUCCGCCAGAAGCAGUACCUGUCCAUCGCCGAGCGCGCUGAGUUCUCCGGCAGCCUGAGCCUCUCCGAGACGCAGGUCAAGAUCUGGUUUCAGAACCGCCGAGCCAAGGCCAAGCGACUGCAGGAGGCCGAGGUGGAGAGGAUGAAGCUGGCGGCCAGGCCGCUGCUGCACCCGUUUGCCCUGCCCUUCCCCCUGGGCACCCACCUGUACGGCUUCCCGGCGGUGUCCCGCGGUGCAGCAGGCUCCCUCCCGCAGGUACCGGGACGCCUCCCCUCGCCCCUGGCCGCCUACUGCAGCCAUCGUCCUCCCUAUGUUCCUGGAAAAAUGAAAAGUCAUGAUGAAUUUUAAAGGGAAGUUGACCCAGUUACUGAAGUGUGCUGCGAAGGCCUGGUGGCGGGAAGGGGGACGGAAGCCAGACGCCGCCCAUCCCGCCCGAGGUGUGUCCCGGUGAGGCCUGAGCCUGUGCUCUUUAAACUCAGAGCCCGACUCCAGUUGGAUUCCUGAGGGGACAGGCCCGCCUGUGGUCUGUAAUUGUGCCAGAGACAGUGCGUGGGUUCCACUGCACCAGGGGAGCCAGCCAAGGGGCCGAGGGGAGCGACCCCCCCCCCGCGUCUCCCCGGCGCCUGCGCGGGCACUCGGAUCCUUUACACCCUGGAGCCCCCACAGCCAGGGCUGGAGGAGGCUUCGCUGCAUCAGUUUGCCACGUGUCUCUCCAUGACCAGUUCUGUCCGGGACACCCACCUGGGAGCGGCCCCACCCAGGUCCCCACUGAGCCGGUCCAGAGACCUUUGUCUGACUCAGGGCUCGGCACCCAGACCACCGAAGGGGGGUUGAGGCUCUGUGCGCCCGGAGCCCCUGAGAGCCCACCAGCUGGGUGCCCUUGCUGGGCAAGGCAGAGGCAGACGUCCAAGACCAAGAAAUCCCCCCUUCCUGAGCGGGCUCCUGCCUGGGGCCGGGGCACUGCCAGCUUCCUCCUUCAGCCACUGUGUCUCCAAGGCCUGGGGGCUGCCCCGAGCCGGCCGCAGCCAGGGUGGGAGAACUCCCCCUCAGGACCCCGCACAGAAGGGUUCGAACUCAGUCCUGGCAUCCACACCAUUCCCGGUGGCGGCUGUUGGAGUCGGAGACAGCAGCUCUGCCAGCUGGACGGGGGCUGGCGGGCAGUUCAGGGCAGUCCGUGCCUCUUGGAGGUGCAGGGGUCAAAGUGGGGAAGGUGGGGACUGUGGAGAACCCGGACAGAGACCCUGCCAGCAAGCCUAGUGUUGGGGGACUGCCCUGGGGCUCCCAGGUCAGCGUCACCUCAGCAAGGGUGGCAGGGUCCAGGUUGGGCAGAUCCAUCACUGGUUCCUGGGUGGGGUCAACCUGGGCCCCCAGGGCCCCUCCUGGCACAGGAAGCUUGAAGGCCUCUGCUGGUCCUCAAACCAGCCUUGCCUGCUCUGUGUCUGGGGGUGCUGCUCUCGGCCCACCCCGGGAGUGGACCCCAGGCCGCAGGUCUUGUGCCUGUGGACACUCGGGGUGGGGGGUGUCAGUCCUAUGUCGGUACCUCUGGGGGAGGGACUCUGCAGUCUGUCCAUGGAUCUCAAAGGAUCUAAAACAGUCGUUGUCAGGAGGGUAGCGGCCUCCUUGUGGCCUCCUAAAAAUACAACUCUGGGUGCUUCUAAGCUGGGUCCUGGGACUGUGGCAUCCACUGUUCUUGUCACAUGUGGGAUUUCAUGUGUGCUUUUGUGGGUAUGAAACAUUUCAUGGAGUCCUCCUGUGGCCCAGAGGGUCAAGGAUCUGGUGCCACUGCAACGGCUUGGGCACAGUCCAAAAAAAAA